UAGUUACCGGAUUUAAUUAUUCAUCAAUAUUUCAUUGAGGUGCCCCGAAUUUAGCUCUGCGAGGAUCCGAAUCUGCGUUUUGAUUUUCUGCCGAUUUUAAUCCUGGCUGUGAUUACGUCGCCGCACUCGCUCACAAUUGAAAUCGAUUGUUGAAAAACCUCUUUUUUAGCUAUAAUCGAUUUUUCAACCCAGGAUCGCUGCGAUACAAUUGAUUUCUCCGAUGAUUAUCACCGCUGGUAGCUAUUUUAUGGAUUUUUAUUCACCGAAGCAGAGGAGAUUCGGUUGAAUCUGUACGGAUUGGCCAUGCGACGGUUGUUCUCGGAGACGAACGGCCUCUUGAGAGAGGACUCCACCAUCAUCGCCUCCGCCUCUGCCUCUGCUACCUAUCGAGGUGUUAUUUAUUCUGAAUUAGCCGAUCGUUGUAGAUAUCGCGAUGGCCGUUGACACGCACGUCCCUAGUUCAAGGGAGCUGCUGUGCAAUGCUGGCGCCGGUGCCGCAGCUGGAGUGAUUGCAGCUACUUUUGUGUGUCCAUUAGAUGUUAUUAAGACAAAGCUGCAGGUCCAUGGGCUGCCGCAGCUCACUAGUAGUAAUUUUAAAGGUAGUGUUAUAUUUGGGAGCUUAGAACAAAUAUUUCUGAAGGAUGGGUAUCGAGGCAUGUACCGUGGGCUUUCGCCUACUGUGCUUGCAUUGAUUCCAAAUUGGGCGGUGUAUUUUACAAUUUAUGAUCAAUUAAAGAGUUCUCUUGGUGCUGAUGAUGUAAAUCAUCAUCAGCUCUCAAUUGGUGCGAAUAUGAUUGCUGCUUCUGGUGCUGGGGCUGCAACUACGAUUGUCACAAAUCCUCUUUGGGUUGUCAAGACAAGGUUUCAAGCUCAAGAAAUUAAACCAGGGGUGGUUCCUUAUAGUGGCACAUUUUCCGCCUUGAGAACAAUCGCACUCCAAGAGGGUCCUCGUGGACUAUAUAGUGGUCUUGUGCCAGCUUUGGCUGGUAUCAGUCAUGUUGCAAUUCAGUUUCCUACAUAUGAGAAGAUAAAAAGUUACUUAGCCGAUCAAAAUAACACCACCACGGAUAAACUCAGUGCUAGCGAUGUUGCAAUUGCUUCCUCGGUUUCAAAAAUAUCAGCUUCCACCUUGACAUAUCCCCAUGAGGUUGUGCGUUCAAGGCUUCAAGAACAAGGACACCACUCAGAGAAACGGUAUUCUGGUGUGGUAGAUUGCGUGAAGAAAGUAUAUCAGAGCUCAGGUGUCCCUGGUUUUUAUCGGGGUUGUGCCACCAACCUGCUGAGGACAACCCCAGCUGCUGUAAUCACAUUCACCAGUUUUGAAAUGAUUCAUCGCUUUCUUCUCACUGUGUUCCCUCCUGGUCCACACCCUCAAACACUGUGAGGUUGCAGCUCAGUUGAGCCGGUUUCAAGUAGCAGUUGCCAAUUUGUCAUACCUUAUAGACUCCCUUCUUUCCUAAUUUGGUUAAAUUCUGGUUUUAGGAGAGAGAUUAUGUGAUUGAUGUUGAUGAUGAUGAGUUAUGAUACAGGAUUAGGAACACCCUAAUUCAAUGUUUCCAAUUAAUUUCUCAAGGAAUUGUAAUAUCUUCAGAUAUGGUAAGAACAACAUUCUUUAUCUCCUAUAUAUGACUUAAACCGUCACCAAAUUCAUUUUAUUUCA